CCACCUUGUUUUCUCAUCACGUCAACUUUGACCGGACUUCGUGCUUACAACACCCUCAAUCCUUCCAGCCUUUGCUCAGCCUCGCCCCAAACUUCCAACACGUGCCCACGCGCUUCCCCGAGUACAGUACCCCGCGAUUCAGCCUCGCAGGUUUCGCACGUCACCGUCGCUUCCCUCCACCACGCCCUCUCUUCCCCUCUCCCAACACCACUUUCAACCUCUUUACCCCCAUUUCUUCCCCCUCUUCGAAAGAGACGCUCAAAUCCCAAAUAUGAACGCGUCCUGCCAAUGCGGCGCCAUCGCCUUCAAGACGCCCCUCCCCAAGCCCCUCGCGGUCUACAUCUGCCACUGCGAUGAAUGCCGUCGGCAGUCCUCGUCCGCAUUCGGAUGCUCUGCUAUCUUCCCUUCCUUCCCGUUGCCGGCGAGUGUCAAAGGGGCAUUGAGCUGUUACUCGAGACCGACAGCAUCAGGCCACACCCUAAACUGCUAUUUCUGCCGCUCCUGCGGAACACGAGUAAUCCACUCUACGCCCGGAAAAGACGUCGUUUCCGUAAAAGGCGGAUGCAUCGAAGGUUUAGACUGGCGGAGCGCAAAGCAUAUAUGGUGUAAACGAGCUAUGGUGCCCAUCCCCGAAGGCGUCGAGCGCAACGAAGAAGAGCCCGACAACGAAGACUACUCCAGCAUCUCGCAAUCGGACGGCGGCGGCUCCUCGCAACCCAACACCCCCAACACCAGCACCGCCAACCUCGCCAGUUCCUCCGCAGACCUCUCGUCGGCGACGGAAAUAGGGAAUAGUAGGAAGGUCGUUAAGAAGAAGAGUAGUUUCUUUGGGUUGAGUAGGAGAGUUGCGGGGCAGAAAUUGGGCGAGAUGGAUGGGAACAAAGGCGUCAAGAAGAAGUGUAGUGUUUUUGGAUUGGGAAGGAAAGCUGUGGAGGGGAAGGAGGGAUAUUAGGGUGUACUUCUGAAGGGGAUUUUUUUGGUUCAUUGGAAGAGAUAAUGUUGGGUUUGGUGUUCGUGGUACGUUGGAUGGAGCAGGAAUGAUUUGUGAAAGAGAAGAUGCUAGCCUUGUGGUUUGGAAGCGAAAA